AUGACAUGGUCAGAGAACCACUGCUGUUGUCCACCAUCACUGCCGGCCUCUGCCUGCAGCCUGAGACCCACUGGGACCACCAGUGCUGGCGGUAAAAAUGUCCACCACUCACUGACUCAAUGGCUGCAAGCAGCUUCUGGGGCUGAGCGCUGGAGCCCCAAAGCCGGUUUGCGGAUUGGCGGGGCCGGUUUUGGGUGUGGGCCUGGCGAGUGGGCACAGCUGAGCUGGGAGACUGAGCGUUUAAGGGUGGCAGCAGUGGCCAGGACGCAGAAGACUGUGGGGCAGAGUGCAGAGGAGACCACCGAAGAGGCCAUAAGAGAAUGCCAGGGAACCCAGAGAGAGAAAGAUUGGCCUGAGCUAGGAGACCAAGGAUUGAGAGCUUUCUUGCACAUUGUUCAAGCCCUGCUACCCAACUCCUGCCAAGGAAUGGAGAUGGAGCUGGCCUGCACCUUUUUUGUGCAAGCAGGAACACUGCUCUCCCCUUGCUUUGUCAAGCAGGUCUCUGGGUGGGCCAACAGCUGCCUGGAGCCAGCCAACCUCAAUGAGCCCAGCAGCACCACCAUCCAGGUCAGUAAACAGGCCUCUAGGCAGAGCACAGGUGAGGACUGGAAAGACUCCACAUGGGUGCUCUGAGGUGGCACAGCAGCUGCACAUCGCUUUGUGAGCACCAUGUCCUUCCAAAGCUCAUAGUGGCAGAGAUUCUUCUCGGACACCCAGCUGUUGCCUUUCAUCUGUGCCCAAGGCCUCGUCAUCCAUGUCCCUGUUAUGUUUCAGAUGAAAUGUCAACUACAGCGAGGCCAGUUACAGGACACUGCGGGCCUUCAGCUGAUUUACCUGGGAAGUGUGGCAAGUCUGUUCCUGGUGCUACCUCAUGACAAAAACAUCCCUCUGAGUCUCACUGAGCCACACCUUUCUGCCAGCAUCCUCCACAUCUGGACUUCCAGUCUGAAGAGAGCCAGGAUUAAUGUGUCCCUGCCCUGAUUUAGGAUUCAAAAUCAUUUCAACUUAAAAAGCAUUUUAAGUUCUUGGGGAGUCACUGACCUUUUUGAUCCACUCAAAGCUAACUUAAAAGGAAUGUCAGGCAAAGAUAGCUUUUGUGAUACAAUCCACAAAGGCGAGAUUAAGGUUUCUGAGCAAGGCACCAAGACAUCUAAAGCCACAGCUCUAUUGUUACUGGAAAGUUCUCAGAUUCCUAUUUUUAAAGCAGAUGGGCCAUUCAUCUUUUUCCUGAGAGAACCCAACACAGGUACUACAAUUUUUUAUUAUAGGAUAUAGAUAAGUAUUUAUGAGCAUCUCUCUAGCAACAAGAGCUCAUUUGUACAUUGUGGU